AAAAAUCCAAAAUGAGCCCUACACUGAAAAAAAUCAUUUCUAAAAAUUCAAAGUUGAUUUAAAAAAAACACCAUUUUUGAUUUUGAUGAAAUUUUGUCUCAAGACAGGUAAUGUUCCCUACCAACCGUCCAUACAUCACAAGAUGGGCACUUUUAAGGAAAAAAAGUUUUUCUAACAAAAACUUUUUCAUGUCCAAAUUAUUAUUUUUUCAGUGUCUUUUUUUAAAAACAAACUAAACCAGUGAAGGUUAUCUAGUAAUCUCAAAAUGCAAUGAAACUUAUUGUGUCAUAUGCGACAAUGCAAUGCACCCAUAUUCACGCAGCAGCACUCUAGAAGUACGAAACAAUAUACAAUUAGAACACGCAUUUCAUACGUGCUGCUGUAAUUUCUACCCAAACGUUUCUACCCCAUGUUCUUACCUAAUAUUAGGUAAGGCUAUUUAUUAGAUUCGAACUACCUAAUCGAAAAAAAAAAACAAAUCAAGAGUUGUACCUAAAGCAAAUAUGAACAAAACAAGAAAAUGAAUCGGUAUCAUUCAACGUGUUACUUUUCUUUGGUUAUUAAAGGCAGUUCUGAAAAGUAAUGGAUCAAUCGUAUAAAUCAAAAUUCAACAAAAUCAAGUGCAGUGCAAAAAUAAACAAUCCAAAGUGCAACCGUCAUAAUCUACGGGGCAUGUCAUUAAGAUUCAUAGAUAAAAUUCAUUCCAUGGGAUAUACACAUGAAAUCGACGAAUCGAUGAGUAUUUGUGAGUCAUGUCGUGGAUUGAUAAGUCACAACAGAAGCCCGAAUACGAAAAAACGCCGAUCGGAUGGAAACGACGAAACUAUGCAACCAUCAUUUAGUGGGCAGCAACAUCAUGAUGUUCCAGAACCAGAACCGUCAACGAGUGGUCAACAAAUCGAACAUGAGCUGGAUAUGGUACCAUCUAUUCCAUCAUUGGAGUCAAUUCCGUCAACAGAUCAACUACAGGGUCCCCAUAAUAUUGAGAAGUUUAAUACCAUUGCUGAAACAUUGAGUUUAUCGCCAAUCUCAUCUAGAAACAUGAGAAGUAUGGAAUAUCGCAUAAACAAAUCAUUGCAGAUUACGAAAGCAGUUCGAAAAAAUAUCUUCGGAAUAGAUUCAACGGAUGUUGGCAAAGUGGAGGCGUAUGACGAGAUAAUUAUGCAGUUAAAUGAUAAGUUCAAUCACCCUACAACUGACAGAAGCGAACAGAUUAAAAUACUAUCUGUACUUCCUAAGUCUUGGUCGGUAAAUAAAAUCACAAGAGAGUUUAACGCACCAAUGUAUAUGGCGAGGCAGGUGAAGGAUCUUGUUUAUGAACAGGGUAUUCUUUGUACCACCGAAAAAAGAAGGGGGCAUCGUAUUGAUGACGAUACAAAACAAAUAGUAAGAGAAUUUUUUGAUGAUAAUGAUAUCAGCAGGCCAAUGCCAGGAACAAAUGAUUUUGUUUCUGAGGUUCGAAAUGGAAAAAAACAACAAGUUCAAAAACGACUUUUGAUGAUGUCGCUCAAAGAGGCUUAUAUGAUUUUUGUAGAUAUGUACAAAACUUUGAAUAUUGGUUUCACAGUAUUUUUACACAGUUGCGACCAAAGCAUUGUAUUUUACUUGAUUCUACUGGUAUACAUAAUGUAUGCAUAUGUACUAUUCAUGAAAAUGUAAAUUUAAUGU